AUGUCGCGAUCCGACGGUUCGUGUCCUACGCCCGAGCUGCAAACAAGCGCUUCUUCUCAGGUCGACGGCGAAAGUGCGUGCACCUCGGACGUGACGCCGAUGCUCCUCGGCCCCGAGACCGAGGCCGACCACGGAUUUGCCACGCUGCGCAUGUCGCACACCCAUGACGACUGGGACGUGCUUGCGCAGGAUAUUGGUGUGCUAUUUGGCGAUGCCUAUACCUUCCCACCGCCUACAGCCAAAGAUUUGCACGCCCUGCCCUCGGCGGCGGGCCACCUUGCGUGGCCUGGCGCAGGGCUCUCGCUGCCUGGCACGCCGGAUACCUCGGCGUCGUCCAUGUGGCUCGGCAGCAGCGCGUCGUCGUCCGACUCACCCGGUACUGCGCCGGUGAAGCGCUCGCCGAGCGAGGGCGCGCGCGCCAAGCGGCCACGGCCGGCCAAGGUGCGUCCGGCGCCGGCGGUCCCUGCGUAUAGCCCCCCUACGCUGAUUCCGAUGGCGCCGCGCAUGCUCUCUGCGCCGCCGAGUACGGACGCGCUGCGUGCGUGGCUGCUUGAGCGCCGGGCGCUCCUGCAAAAGACGCGCGACGACGUGACAAAAGACAUGGCGCGCCUCGACGACGACGAAAAAGCCUGGGCGCAGCUGCGAGUGCGCCUCGGCGAGCGGAUCGAGCACGCGCGGCGUGCGGCGCCGCCGCCGGAUGCGCCCAUGUGGGACGUCUCGAAGCAGCUGCCAGACAUGACGGCGCUGCUCGAGCAGGAUAUAUUGUGCCUCUAG